GGCGCUAUGGCUUCCGCGAAAAAGGGCGGUAAGAAGAAGGGCCGUUCGGCCAUCAAUGAGGUGGUGACCAGAGAGUACAACAUUCACAAGCGCAUCCAUGGCGUGGGCUUCAAGAAGCGGGCCCCUUGGGCGUUCAAGGAGAUCCGAAAGUUUGCCAUGAAGGAGACGGGGUCACUAAUCGACAUGAGGCUCAACAAAGCUGUGUGGGCCAAAGGAAUCAGGAAUGUUCCAUGCCGUAACCGUGUGUGGUUGUCCAGGAAACUUAAUGAGGAUAAAGAUUCCCCAAACAAGCUCUACACAUUGGUUACCUACGUGCCUGUCACCACUUUCAAAAUCCUACAGACAGUCAACGUGGAUGAAAACUAG